AUGACGUUCAAGAGAACAGUUCAACAAUCAAAGCCGCUACAGUCACUUUUGGCAUUGGCCGGUUGUGUCAUUCUAUUCAUAUGUUACUAUUCGAAUAUUUUUGGCUUUUUAUCUGCAUCAUCAUCGACUUAUACUCCAGAAGAGAUCAAUACGUUGUUGCAAAAUAAGGAGUCGCAUAUUGUUGCUUUAAGAAAGACAGAACUAACAGCACAAGGAUUGGCCAAGCCAUACCUAGAUGAAACUCAUUUCCAUGUGAAAAAUUGGGAUCUCCAUGGCAAUCCCCUUGUUGAAAAUAAUGAGUAUAUUAGGUUGACAUCUUUAGUGCCCCAUUCAGUUUCCAAUAUGUUUAGUAAAAUGCCUAUACAAGCUGAGUCAUUUGAGAUGGAGUUGACCUUCCAUAUCCACAACAAUGAAGCUAAACACGGUUUAGUUGGUGAUGGAUUAGCAGUGUGGUUUUUGGAUAGACCCAGUGAAAUCGGGGACGUUUUUGGUGUUCGUAACGAAUUCAAUGGGCUCGGAAUUAUGAUGGAUACAUAUAAAAAUGGGAAACGUGGUCAAUUCCCGUAUGUAAAUUUGAUGUUGGGAGAUGGGCGAACCCAUUAUAACAAGGCUACCGAUGGAUAUGAAACUAGAUUGGCGGGCUGCCUGGCCAAGGGUCUUUUAAAUCCCUCGUCCAAGGAAACCAAAAUGAGAUUAGUUUACAUUAAAAAUGGCUACUUGUCCAUUGAUUUCAACUACAAUGGUAAGCAUGAAGAUUGGGAAAAUUGUGUCACACUAACUGAUGUUCAAAUGCCGAUGAUAAAGUUCCUUGGAUUGAGUGCUGAAACAGGGCAGUUGUAUGAAAAUGUUGACAUAUUAGAAAACAAAAUUUAUGCAUUGUACAAACCCAAUGGAGGAUUUGUUGAAUCCAUCGAUGAAUUGAAUGACUUGGUCAAAGAACAAAAUGAAUACGACCAAGAAGAAAACAACUUAGCCGGUAUCAAUGACCAAAUCAAUCAACAAGAGAAGAAAUCUGGUGGUCGUAAUAGGGCAUUCAAGAAAAAAUUGAGCUCCCAACGUAGGAAGACCCUAAAACGGUUGAAGAAUGCUGAAAAGAGAAUCAAAGAGAGAGAGAGAAAAGAAAGGCUAGAAAAGUAUGGGGAUCCGGAUGCAACGCUCAUCAAGAGAAUGUUUGGGAAUAUAUUAUGGUUUGUUAAAAUUCUUAUUUAUGUCAUCAUUGCUGCCACCUUGCUUUGGUUUAUUUGGAUCAUCAUUAGAGUUCAAAAGCAAAGAAGAAAGAAAAAGACCGCUGGUUUGUUAGAUUAA